GGCGCACGCGCAGUCUCACGGCCGUGAUUGGACGGAGCCGUACCACCAGGCGAGGGAAAAAUACGUCACUGGCGGGCUGUUGGCGUUGAUGCGUCAUGGUCUCCGCAGCAACCAGGAAGAGUCUGCUGAGGGCGCGGGUCAUGGACUUCAUCACCUCCACGGCCAUUCUGCCCCUGCUCCUGGGCUGCGUGGGCCUCUUCAGCCUCUUCAAGGUGCUUCAGUGGCUGCGCAUGAGGGCCUACGUCCGGAACGCCGUGGUGGUCAUCACUGGCGCCACGUCGGGCCUGGGCCGAGAAUGUGCCAGAGUUUUUCACGCUGCUGGUGCUAGGCUGGUGCUCUGUGGCCGGAAUGCUGAGGCCCUGGAGGAGCUCAGCCAAGAACUUGCUGCUUCCCGGGCUCCGGAGGUGCAGACACACAAGCCUUACACGGUGACCUUCGACCUCGCAGACCCUGGGGCCAUAGCAGGGGCUGCCUCCGAGAUCCUGCAGUGCUUUGGCCAUGUGGACGUGCUCAUCAAUAAUGCCGGGAUCAGCUACCGAGGCGCCAUUGUGGACACCAGCCCAGACGUGGACAAGAGAGUGAUGGAGACAAACUACUUUGGCCCAGUAGCUCUGACAAAGGCGCUCCUGCCUGCCAUGAUCAGAAGGCGCCAGGGCCACGUGGUUGCAAUCAGCAGCAUCCAGGGCAAGAUCAGCCUGCCUUUCCGAUCCGCGUACGCGGCCUCCAAGCACGCAACCCAGGCCUUCUUCGACUGUCUGCGGGCUGAGGUGGAGCAGCAUGACAUCGAGGUGACGGUCAUCAGUCCUGGCUACAUCCACACCAAUCUGUCCCUUAAUGCAGUCACAGCCGACGGGUCCAAGUAUGGAGUGAUGGAUGAGACCACGGCCCAGGGCCGAAGUCCUGUGCAGGUGGCCCAAGACAUCCUGGCUGCUCUGGGGAGGAAGAAGAAGGAUGUGGUGCUGGCCGACCCGAUGCCUUCCCUGGCUGUUUACCUUCGAACUCUGGCUCCUGGGCUCUUCUUCAGACUCAUGGCCUCCCGGGCCAGGAAGGAGCGGAAGUCCAAGCAUAGCUAGUGCCUGUCCUGGUGGGCAGGUGGGGCAGUCGCUGCUCCAUGGGGACUGUGUUGGACUUCUGCCUCAUGGGUAGGGAAGGAGGGAGACACGCUUCCCCUGCAGAUCCCUGGCCAGGUCUGCUGGUAGGGGACGGGAACUAGGAGGACGUCUGGGAACCAGGAAGGGUGAAGGACAGCUUCCUCCAGGCGGAGGGACAUGAAAUAAAGGAAGGAGCCUGGGAUCUGUGGUCCCUGAGGGCAGGCAGAA